CUCUAACUCCGCCCCUCGAGAUCUGGCUCCGCCCCCAGCCUCCGCUUCACUCCAUUUCCCCCUCUGACUCCGCCCCGUCUCUCGCGAGCUGGCUCCGCCCUUCCAGCCUCGCUCCAACUAAGGCGUCCUCACUUCUUUCCCCCUGUAACCCGCCCCUUGCACGCUGGCUCCGCCCCUCCAGCCUUCGCUCCACCACUCUGUCCCGCCCUCUAACUCCGUCCCGCCCCUUGCUCUCUGGCUCCGCCCCUCCAACCUUCUUUCCACUCCGCCCCGCCUCUAACCCCGCCCCCGUGGAGGCCCCGCCCUCUGCACUGCGCGCCGCCGGGAAGCCUCCCUGCAGUUAUCUUCCCGGGAGGUGGUUUCCGGGGCCGCGGUUCUCCUCGGCGGGUUCGCACCUUCGUCGCGGUGUCGGUGUGGAGCAGCCUUUCCCGGGCUGUCUGGACAUCUCGUCGGAGAAAAGCGGGUUGCGCUUCUCACCAAAGGACAUGGAAGAAAAUGAAAACAGCCAGUCUCCAACAACAAGCUACCAAUAUCCCAAAGAAACAGUAAGGAAGCGCCAAAAUUCAGUACGGAAUUCAGGAGGAAGUGUGUCUUCUCAGAUUUCCAGGAAAAGCUUCAAACUGGACUAUAGACUAGAAGAAGAUGUCACUAAGUCGAAGAAAGGAAAAGAUGGGAGAUUCGUUAAUCCGUGGCCAACGUGGAAAAACAUCUCUUUUCCAGACGUCCUUCGGUGGCUGAUAAUGGAGAAAGACCACAGCAGUGUCCCGGGCUCCAAAGAGGAACUUGACAAGGAGCUCCCAGUGCUUAAGCCGUAUUUUAUCCAUGACCCUGAAAAAGCCGGGGUGACAGAGGCUGGCUUACGAGUCACGUGGCUGGGCCACGCCACACUGAUGGUGGAGAUGGAGGAGCUCAUUUUCCUCACGGAUCCCAUGUUCAGCUCCCGUGCCUCUCCCUCGCAGUACAUGGGCCCGAAGCGAUUCCGCCGCCCGCCAUGUACCAUAAGUGAGCUCCCCCCAAUAGAUGCCGUCCUUAUCAGUCACAACCAUUACGACCACCUGGACUAUGGCUCUGUCCUGGCCCUGAAUGAGCGGUUCGGCAGUGACCUGAGGUGGUUUGUGCCUCUGGGUCUCCUCGACUGGAUGCAGAAAUGCGGCUGUGAGAACGUGAUCGAGCUGGACUGGUGGGAGGAGAACUGCGUCCCCGGCCAUGACAACGUCACCUUUGUCUUCACGCCCUCCCAGCACUGGUGCAAAAGGACCCUCCUGGAUAACAACAGGGUCCUGUGGGGCAGCUGGUCUGUGCUGGGGUCCUGGAGCCGGUUCUUCUUUGCUGGGGACACUGGCUACUGCCCUGCUUUCGAAGAGAUCGGGAAGAGGUUUGGGCCCUUCGACCUGGCAGCUAUUCCCAUCGGGGCGUAUGAGCCAAGGUGGUUUAUGAAGUAUCAACAUGUUGACCCAGAAGACGCUGUAAGGAUUCACAUCGAUGUUCAGACGAAGAGAUCGGUGGGAAUUCACUGGGGAACUUUUGCCUUAGCUAAUGAGCACUACUUAGAGCCUCCAGUGAAACUGAGGGAAGCUUUAGAGCGAUACGGACUUAAAGGUGAAGACUUCUUUGUCCUGAAGCACGGAGAGUCCAGAUACUUGAAUACCGAUGAUAAAGCUUUCGAAGAGACGUGAAAACGGGACUUUCUGGGAAAGCAAAUGAGAAGACUAAGAACUCGCAAAUAUUACGCCAUUUUUCACGUGGAAACGACUUCCGCAAGUGUGUGUUUUGUUUUGCAUCCUAACUUGCCAAUCGCUAAGACUCACAUAAACUGUGAGAGUCCAGGGAGGGUCAUUUAGGGACUGUUCAAUGUAGACUUAAAAAAAUACCAAUGACACAAACAUUGCAAUAUAUUAUUUUUUUUUUAAUCAAAACACUACAUUUUCGUGGUAGUAGAAUUUCUAAGGUUGUGAAAAAUGAUAUUAAAGUUUCCUUUCUUUUUCUGUUAUUCAGGGCUUUCUCAAAAAGAGUGGCGCUUACCUACCUACCCAGAUUGCUCAGACACACACCUCUUUCUUAGAUAUUCAUAUGAUAAAAUGAUAGCCUUGACUUCUGCGAGCUGAGGAAGUGCUUCAGAGAGAGGCAGCUAGGUCACAAGUUCAAGGCCAGCCAGAGCUGCCAGGAAGACCCUGUCUCAGGAGGAAACAUUAGCUUCGUGCCAAGUGUUACGUGAUGGGCGAAACGAUCAUUUUGACCACAGCGGAAAGAAGCUCCUUGUAUUGGGUGCUCAUGUCCCUGAGCAUCUUUAACGUCCAAGAAGGCAGCACCUACACAGCUGCACCCCAGACAGUGUAGGUUUGAGAUGUAGGGACGUUUAAGUUUCAAAGUCAGACACUCUGCUAAGCACACUGGAACUACAGCAAAGUAUUUCACACAUCCUAAAUGUGAAUGCAUCAUGCACUUGGAAUUAAAUUUUAUUUUUUUCAUUUUCAUUUUCUGUACACACACACACACACACACACACACACACACACACUUUUUCUUGUUCUCUGAGCUCUAACCCCAAAUAUAACAAUGAUUUAUAUAAGUAUGUUUGACAAGACUUGGGUGUAUUGUAUAUUUUUAUAUUAAAUGACCUAUAAGCACAAUUUACCUUUUUUAAGCCACUGUGAAAUAACAGUAGACGUUUAAGCUUCUGAGUGUCUGCUGACAGGAGUCUUUGGCCAGUAUGUUUGUUGCAAACGGUCUGGAAGCGGGCUGCCCAUGUGUUAGUGAGGAUGAAUUCUGCUUCUGACUCAGACCAGUGAAAUCAACUUUCUUGGCACAAAACACAGUAGGUUUUCUAUAUACAUAAAAUAUUAUAUAGGGAGUACUCAAUACUUGGAUGUAUCUGCAUGGGUAUAUGCAUGCUACACCUUGGCCUCUCGUUGGAAAUUCAUCACCCUGAAACAAGUGACUUUGUAUUCAGACCCACCCUCACCAUGUAUGGCAAGAGGACAAUGUUAACUAACCUACCUCCAGAGGGAGAAUAAUAGCUUUUUUAUAAAAAUAGCACUUUAGAAAUCUAAGGAGAAAACCGUCUGAUACAGACAGGCACAGUAGAGAGCCAUAGCAAUGUUUUCGGUAAUGCUUUGAUCUCACUGCAACCACCAAACUGGAGACUGACUUUCGCGGGUAGUAGCCAAUAUGAACGAUCAUCAGAGUUUAGUAUUUUUAUAUGAAAUGUCUUUAUCAUUUUAUCAGUCCAGGGGAAAUGUGUACUGUAAUUCUGUGUGUAUAUAAUAUGACUUUGAGGCACCAAAGCACAAGAUUCUAUUUAGAAUCAGCUCAGUAGCAAUCUCCCCACUCCAACUGGAUAUGAAUCGGACAGCAGGCCGUGGUCCCCAGCCUCGGGGGACAUUGGUCCACCUGGACAGCAGGCCGCGGUCCCCAGCCUCUAGUGUCCACUGGCCCCCUUGCAGUCACCUAGUCAUAAUGAAAAUUCUUACUCACAAAGCUCAAGUCUUUCCCCACGAAUGGCCUUGACAUCACUGUCCAUGUGCAGUCUGUCUGAGGCUGCGUUCUAUCCCCUGAACUGCACCUGCCCCCUUUUCCAGACUUCCUCUGCUUACACCUGAGUUCCAUGCAUUGUGAAGCACAUCCAAAACCUCUUAGCACAACCACCCUACCUUCAUCUUAUUUUUCUAAUCUGCAUUUCAAAGGAUGUAUGUGUAAAGUGAAAAUAAAUUUUGAAAAUCCA